AUGAACUCGAGCAAAAGGCCUGGUGAAAGUCUCUACACUGAGGAAGAGCUGAACGGCACGACAGCUGUUAAAAAACCAAGAGAAGGUUUUUGCAAAAGGUUCCGAAAGGAAUAUACGAUAAAUUCAGAUGAGGUGGCGAAAAAAGAGGAGGCGAAAAACGGCAAUUUGGUCUCCGAGGCGGCGAAAACGAGUUAAUUUUUCGAGCUAGCUACGUUUCUAAUGACUGAAAAAGCUCACACAGGCUUGGCCGACGUUUUGCAUGCUUAUGGAGCCCGACGAGGGGAGCGCGAGGACAUGCAGGACGCGCAUUUGGCGCUGAGUAGAUUCGAACUGGCCAAUCUGACUUCACUGUAUACCACCCGAAAUGCAAUUGAUUUGAAACUGCAAUUUGUGAUGUGAUCCCAGGAAGCGGUCCUCACUUUUCGCCAUUUUCGACGGUCACGCCGGCGCCCGCGCCGCCGAGUUCUGCGAGAAGCGCGUCGCGGCGACGUUGAGGCAAAAGUUGAGUUCCUGUAAGUUUGUAGGGGCCAAGAAUGAGUUUAUCUCUUUUUUUUUUACUUUUGCUCAGGGUUUGCGGGGAAAAAACAUGGAAGUCGGUUCGCUUUAGUGAUCACUACAGUGACUGUUCAGUUAUCACUAAAAAAGACCGACUCCUUUGUUUUUGCUUUGAUAAGUCCUAGAUUUCUCGUACUUUGAUUGUUGAGAAACAUUUUUGCAGACUCUGAACUCGCGGUGAUGGAAAAAGGGCUGAAAAAGGCGUUUACGGAGAGCUUCAAAACGAUCGACGAGGCUUUUCUGAAUGCUGCUAGACAAACGUUUGGCUUUUGCUUGAAAAACUAACUUAUCUUUGACAAAUCGUCAGGAAAAGGCUUCUUUUUGAGUUAUCCCUCAAGUAGAAAUUACUUCCCUUAAUCAUUCGAACUUCAUAACUUGUCUGUUUCUCGUCAGAGCCAAAAAACGAUGAAAAUUCAGAAGUUCCGCUUGAACAACAAAAAAAAGUAUUUUUUUCUUAACAUUUGGGAUAUUUUUUUCGUAAUUUGUUCGAAAAAUCCUCGCUUGAUUAAUUAAAGGCGCCUGGAUAAUUUUUCUAGAAAGUUUCGAGGCGAAAAAAAUUAAGUUACAAAUUUACGGGUUUUUAAACUUUCUGGGCAUUUGAAACUCCAAAUAAGACAUUUUAAGAAAUUGAAGUGCAAAAAUUUGUGGGAAAUGUCUUGAGAAACAUUUUUUUUUUUCGGCGUUUUUGAUUGCUAGAAGGAAACUUCCUAUUUUUUCAAUUACUUUUUUCAGAAAGCCAGUUUGGAAAGACGGUACUACAAUAACGACGAUGCUCGUGCUCAACAAUGUUCUUUACGUUGCGAACUUGGGAGACAGCAAAGUUAGAUUGUUGAUUUAACUUCAUUUUUUCACAAAAAAAGAUUCAUGGCGUGUUCAAGAUUAAAAAAAAACGAAUUGUUCAAAAACGCAGUUCCCAAAAAAUCAGGCUUUUAGGUUUUUUUUUUCCUAAAUACUGGUAUUGAAUAGAGCUAAGACAUUCAAAACCUCUUCAUUUUUCCAACAACUUUGUAAAACAAUAACCACGUCCUUGUUAAGGUGUUCAGAGAAGAACCGGAAAAAUGAACAGAAUGUUUCCUUUUUUCCAAUCAAGUUACUACGACAAGAGCGAAUUUUCCAUUUCCGAGUUUUUAAUUUUCAUUUUAAACUUUAUCGAAAUGGAUUAUAACGAUCGGGAGAAGUUAAAAUGCAUAAUGUUUUUUUAAAAUUUUUCUAGAACUCGUAUCAAAAAUCAGAGAAGCUAUUUGAAAUAAAAUACGCUCUCUCGUCGUAAUACCUAUAUUAAACUCAGUUACUAGUUUUUCAUAAAUUCAUAAAUUGAAGUAAACCUUGAUUUUCAGGCAGUUGUAGCGAGAACCCGUCCCGACGGCACUUUAUCGGCCAUUUGCCUCACCGUCGACCACAAUCCGACCGUUUUCGAAGAACGGAUGCGGAUCCAGAAAACCGGAGCGACAGUGAAGUGAUUAAGUUCAAAAUUUAAAAGGCGCGAAGAGAAUCAAACUUUUCCGCGCCAAAAAAAUUUUUUUGAUCCGCGAUCUACACACAUUUGAGUUUUUUCCAAUUUUUUUUUGGGUUGAAUGAGGUUUGGGCGUAGGCCGGUUUUAGUUUCAUCAAAAACAUAGUCACCUAAAAUUAUUUUCAUGUGUUGAAUUAGUUACUGUUGGACUCUAAAUGUAAAAUAAGCAAAAAAAUUUCUGUCGUAAAAAAUGUUAUUAUUCGUCAUGAAGAAAAUUUGAGUUUUUGAGCCAGGCCGGUAAUUUUUCUUAAAAUCUUCGAAAGGCCGGGCCGGUAGGCUGACGGGCUGGCCCUCGCACAAGCCUGUGUUGAAUGCAUAAUUUACAAAACAUACUCGGACAUUGGUAACGCGAAACGGACGCUUCUGGUCAUUUCUAGUGACCACUUUAGUGGCUUCAGCACUCUUAAGUGAUCCCUUGAAAUGCCAAUGUUUAGUCGAGUUUAUUUCAAAUCUUCAAGUGCUGGUAAACAAUAGGGCAUUUAGAGAUUCCGCUAUUUUAUUUUCUAACGCUCUCCAACUUUCGAAGAUUCGAACCUAGACUCGUUCAGUUGCUGUUGAAAUUUCCAAAAAAUGAUCAAUAUAAAUGAGGGGGAAAAUUGAAGGGAUGGCCGGGUGAACGGAGUGAUCGAAGUUUCGCGUUCGAUCGGCGACGGACCCUUCAAGUCUCUCGGCGUCACCUGCCUGCCCGACAUGAAGAAGCUCACAAUGACCGAGAACGACAGGUUCUUUAGACUUUUAUUUUUCUAG